AUGUCGUCGCUUCGUCUUCGGUUGAACGAAAGGAUUUGGCCAUGUAUAUGCGUUUUCAUGUUCCUGCUCAUUUUCGUUAACGGUUUGUUCAUGGAUUCCGAAAAUCGACUUCUCGUCAACACGAAAUGGGGCCUCUUUCGCGGCAAGUGGAGCAGGACCAUACGCGAUCGGUCAGUCGCGAAUUUUCUCGGCAUACCGUACGCUCUACCCCCGAUAGGCGAUUUAAGAUUCAGAAGCCCGCAACGGUGGAAUCACACGUGGACAAAGAUUCGCGACGCUACGGUCGAUGGGCAAAAAUGCAUUCAACUUGAUAGGAAAAACUCCAGAAUUGUUGGUAGUGAGGAUUGCCUUUAUCUAAACAUCUUCGUUCCCAAUAUUUUAGACCGGCAAAAAUCCACGAAACUACCGGUUUUAGUCUUUGUACAUGGGGGUACAUAUAUGACAGGAAGUAGCGAUAGCAAUCUGUAUGCGCCGGAUUAUUUGUUGGAGCAGGAUAUAAUCCUUGUCACGCUGAAUUACCGACUUUCUGCUUUAGGGUUUUUCAGUACAACGAACCAAGUCGCGCCAGGUAAUUACGGUCUUAAAGAUAUAAAAAUGGCUCUCGAAUGGGUACAAAAGAAUAUUCACAGCUUCGACGGGAAUCCUGAAUCGGUGACCCUUAUGGGACACAGUUCCGGUGCAGCGGCGACUCAUGUUCUUGCUCUCUCAAAGAAGACCGAGGGACUCUUUCACAGAUACAUUUUACUAGGGAGUUCCAUUUUAAAUCCAUACAAUAUUCACCUUCCAAAAAGAUAUAGAGAAGUAUGUCUGAAAUUGGCAAAACUUGUUGGCUGCCUAUUGAAAAAAGACGAUGACGUAAUUACGCCGAAUGAAACACUUAUCUUCGAUCCGACCACAGAAGACAUUUUAUACCCGGGUUAUAAAGUAAAAAACGACGAAGAGAUAAUGAAAUGCAUGAGAACAGUUGAUGCGAAGAGAUUAGAAGCGAUGACGCAUUCUUUCAGUAUUUGGAGGUCACAUCCGUGGAGUAACUUUGGUCCUACAUUGGAAGAUGACUCAGAGGACGCCAUUAUGACUGUGCAUCCAAUAAAAAUAUUAAAGGCCGGACUGUUUCGCGAUAUACCGGCGAUAAUACAAGUCACGAAGGACGAGGGUUUAGUGAAGACACUCGAUUUAGUCAUAGAUCCCGACGCCGAGGAUGAAUUAAUGAAGAAUUUCGAAGAAUAUUUGCCUUACUUUAUGGAUUUACACGAAGCGAUUUCCAACACUACCGUUUUCGCUUCUGCAAUACAAGAUUUUUAUUUUAACGGAAAUGUGAUGAUGGGUCUUAUGGAUAAUAUUACAGAGGUGAUGAGUGAUGCUAUAAAAUGGCCGGUAAUUCAAACUGUACAAUAUCAGUCGAAUCUAGGAAACGCCAGCAUUUACUUUUCCCUCUUCGCGUACGUAGGCACAUUUUCGAACACCUUCUCUUCAGGCGUCCCCGUUUCUUAUGCUGUUGCACAUGGCGACGAAUUAAACUACUUAUUUCCUAUAUUGAAUAAUAUGUAUAAAAAUAUGCUAUUGCACAAUACGCAGAGCGAUAUUACUAUGAUUAACAUCAUAACAGAGAUGUGGACAAGUUUCGUGAUACAUGGAAUCCCGAAAGCAUGGAUGAUCCCCACAUGGCCCAACUACCGCAAUCAUCAGUUCAUGAGGUUCGGGAUUGACAGAUCGCCGGAAACUGUGGUGCAAACCGAUUUCCUGCCUAACAGAAUGAAAUUUUGGGAGAAACUGAUGAACGAAUCGAUGGAAUCGACGAACAACGUGUUUGUCGGCGAACCACCGGAAGAUAUACUUACCAUUAUCAAUAACGCUAACGCAAUCGAUCAUAGGUUAACAGUUCAGCUUGCAUCAUUAGUGAUAAUUUUUAUUUAUAUAUAAAUAAAAUUACAACCUACGCUCGCGAAAAUAAACUGUAUAGCGAAAAUACGAUGAUUCGCAUAAGCUAAACUGAUAUUGAGCAGUUAUUUCCGCGCAUCUUGUCACGUAUGUUAUUUAAAUGAUAUUUCCACUCGGGCGGUUCAAACCAAAGACCAAAUUAUAUAUCAAAACUGUCUGUGGUAUAAAUGCAAAGAGAAAAAUACGUGAAUAUAAAUAGACAGCGUUUUAUACGUAAAUUAUAAAAAUAUUUAUUGUGAAAUAUAUUCUCCUUGUUAGUAAUAAUUGAUAAAAUAUUAUUUAGGAGCGCCAAGAGUAGAUAUAAAUGUAAAGCAAAUAUGGAUGCAUUACAGAAAAAUAUGGAUAGAACACAUAUGAUUCGUUUUUUUUUGUGACUCAAGAUAUAAAGUUCGAUGUACUUUUCACGGAAGCUACUUUUAUCCGCGUCAGUAAAAAGUAACGAUGCUAAUAAACACGGAGCGAAGCUGUUUCGUUCACUACCUGACGUUAUCUCUCUCGCGGUACGAGAACGAUACAGUUGUUAAUAGCAUCGAUAAAGUUUCAAAAGAUACAUAAAUAGAAAGUUCUGAAUUUGACUGUGUAAAUACAUCAGGUGUGCAGUUCUAUUCAGGUGCAAGCUUUCGUUAAUCCCCUAAUCCGGGUUAUUAAAAUUUUCAAUUAAAUACGCGUUAU